CUCUCUUUCUUCAACUCAUGAAGAAUGAUUAGCAUACAGGAGACAGGAACUUUCCAGUGUGAGUGAUCAAGAGUGCAAGUUUGCAUAGAAAGAGGAAAAUACCAUCAAGGGAGAUCAGAAAGUUUGAGCCAAGACAGCUUUUUGAGACUGAAAAUGAAACUGGAGGAGGUGUAGCAACCUCUCAUCAGUCAUCUACCAUAGAGGGCCCUGGGACAGAGGUCAGAACCAAAGAGCAAUAAAACCUGCAAUUACAUCAGUAUUUCUCUGUUUAGAUGGAGGUGGAUGUAGCAGAUGAGAAUCAUCAUUGCACAUGCUCGAAAGUACCUCUGGAGCCAGCGAUUCAAGAGUUAUUCAGUGUGUAUGGCUGCCCUAUCGCCAAGAAGAGGAAACCCCUGGAGAGUCAUGUCCUGGAGCCUUCACCCAAGAGAAGGCUCUUUCUAACUGUCACAGACCAACAGCCAAUGGAGAAAUGCUACAGACAUGACACAAUGGAGGAGAUGGACAAAAAAGAGGACGAGGUUCAGGAAAAGGAAGAAGACGAGGAUGAGGAAGGGGAGGAGGAAUAUACAGACAAUGAGGACCAAUAUGAACAGGAAGAGGUUGAAGUGAUUCAUGGGGAAGAGGAAGAGGUAGAACAGGAAGAGGAGGAAGUGGUGGAAGAAAAUGAAGAAGUAGAAAGAGAGGGGGAGGAAGAAGAAGAGGAGGAGGUAGAAGAAGAUGAGGAAGACUAUGAGGAGUUUAUUCAAGAGAGUAACCAAAUUAAUUGCAGUCCCACCAAACCAAGCCUCGUCGAGAAGGAUGAUAACAAUAAUGACGAAUAUGACAACUACGAUGAGCUGGUGGCCAAAUCUCUGCUUAAUCUCGGCAAAAUCGCAGAGGAUGCCGCUUACCGCGCCAUGACUGAGUCCGAGAUGAACAGCAACUCCUCAAACAGUGCAGAAGAGGAGGAGGAAGACGAAGAUGAUGAGGAAGAUGAUGAAGAAGAUGAGGAUGAGGAAGGUGAGGAAGGCUCAAGGAAGGGUGAGCUAAGUGUAGAUGUCAACAGUGAUGUAGUGAGGGAGACUGUGGACUCUCUGAAGCUUCUGGCACAGGGUCACGGAGUUACAAUCUCAGACAAACUUGAAGACAGGCCGUAUCAGGACGAUGACAGGCAGUGCAGCAACAUUAAUGGUAAUGGACUCACUGGCAACUGUGGGCAGGGUAAACUCACCAUUAAUGGUCAUAUGGUGGAGAAGAGUGAUGAGGAAGUUUGUCUAAGUAGUUUGGAGUGUCUUCGCAACCAGUGUUUCGACUUGGCACGCAAGCUAAGCGAGACCAAGCCAGCCGAGCGCCUCAACAAUAACCAGCAGGUGCAUCAACUCUAUCAGGAGGCCCACCAACAGCAUCAGAACCCUGAAGAACAUCGCAUCCUCGAGCGCAACUACUCAGACAUGGUGAACCUGAUGAAGCUGGAGGAGCAGCUCAGCCCAUGCUCCAAGACGUUCUCCAGUUGUGCCGCAGAACACAAAGGCUUCCAGGACUGCGAUGAAGACACCACCUCUGUCACGUCAGACCGCUCAGAGGAAGUGUUCGACAUGACCAAGGGUAACCUGUCUCUGCUGGAGAAGGCCAUAGCGCUGGAGACAGAGCGGACCAAGGCCAUGCGGGAGAAAAUGGCUUCUGAAGUGGCCAGAAGAGAGAGACUGCAUUUGCAUGAAGACGGUUUGAGGCAUAGCUAUGAAGAGGAGCGGAAGAACCGUCUACACCAUGGCGGCCUAAAGAAGCCCUACUAUCUUAAAGAUUCUUCACGUUCAGGGAAGAAAGAAAGUCGGUGCCCGACGCCUGGUUGUGACGGUACAGGUCAUGUGACGGGGUUGUACCCACAUCAUCGCAGUCUGUCAGGAUGCCCCCAUAAAGACAGAGUUCCACCAGAAAUUCUUGCAAUGUAUGAGAAUGUUCUUAAGUGCCCUACGCCUGGCUGCACGGGCCGGGGUCACGUCAACAGCAACAGAAACUCGCACAGGAGCCUGUCAGGGUGCCCAAUAGCAGCUGCAGAGAAACUGGCCAAAGCCCACGAGAAACUCCCGUCCUGUGAACCGUCUUGUCCCAAAUCCAGCCAGGCUUCAGACCGGGUGUUAAGGCCGAUGUGCUUUGUGAAACAGUUGGAGAUUCCACAGUAUGGCUAUAAAAACGACGUCCCCACAACAACCCCACGCUCCAACCUUGCCAAAGAGUUGGAGAAAUACUCCAAAACCAGCUUCGACUACAACAACUAUGACAACCACAGCGUCUACAGCAAACGACACACUGCUGCACCCAAAGUCCACAGUCGAGACACACUGCAGAAAAGCGAUGAUGUGAAGCGCUACUGUAAGAGCUCGAGUUCAGCAAGCAGCACCAGCAGCAGUUACGGGCCCAGCAGUAGCAGUCUGAGCUGUGGAGGAGGCGGAGCCAGGGGAGCGAAAAGCAGUGCCAGCAGCACCUGCAGCAAGAGCAGCUUCGACUACACACAUGACAUGGAGGCAGCGCAUAUGGCUGCUACCGCCAUCCUCAACCUCUCCACCCGCUGCAGGGAGAUGCCACAGAACCUGAGUUUCAAAACCCUUGACAUCUGCACACAGUCUGACGAUAUGGAUCCCUUCCAGGACAUUUUAGAUGAUAGUCCCUACACUGCCGAUGUCAGUAUUUCCAAUCCCAAGCCUAAAUUCCCACCUUGCAAAGAAAGCAAAAAGGACCUGAUAACAUGUCCAACACCAGGGUGUGAUGGGAGUGGUCACAUGAGCGGUAAUUACGCCUCACAUAGAAGUCUUUCAGGAUGUCCUUUAGCAGAUAAAAGCAUUCGGAGUAUGAUGGCCACCAAUGCACAAGAACUCAAGUGCCCGACCCCGGGCUGUGAUGGCUCGGGACAUAUUACUGGCAACUACUGUUCUCACAGAAGUUUGUCAGGUUGUCCACGGGCUCGGAAGACUGGAAUAAAGAUAACACACAGCAAAGAGGACAAGGAGGACCAGGAGCCAAUCAGGUGUCCAGUGCCUGCCUGUGAUGGUCAGGGUCAUAUAACGGGGAAAUACGCGUCACACCGCAGUGCAUCAGGCUGCCCUCUAGCGGCAAAGCGGCAGAAGGACGGUUAUAUGAACACUUCUCAGUUCACAUGGAAAGCUGGAAAGACAGACGGAAUGUCGUGUCCUACACCAGGCUGUGAUGGAUCCGGUCAUGUCAGCGGCAGUUUCCUCACACACAGAAGUCUGUCUGGUUGCCCGCGUGCAACAACAGCAAUGAAGAAAGCCAGACUGUCAGCAGUGGAGAUGCUCACCAUAAAACAACAAACUUCCAAUGGUUUUGACAGUGAUACAGACAUUAAACAGCUGGAUGAAGAUAUUAAAGAUUUAAAUGAAUCAAAUUUACAGGUGGAGGCAGACAUGAUUAAACUUAGAACACAGAUCACCACAAUGGAGUCGAAUCUGAAGUCCUUAGAAGAAGAAAACAAGGUGAUUGAACAGCAAAAUGAAUCUCUGCUGCAUGAGCUGGCCAACAUCAGCCAUUCACUGAUAAACACUUUAGCUAGUAUCCAGCUCCCUCAUAUGGACCCAAUAAGUGAACAGAACUUUGACGCAUAUGUGAGCACACUAACAGACAUCUACACAAAUCAAGAUCAGUAUCAGAGUCCAGAGAACAAGGUCCUGCUGGAAAACAUCAAACAAGCAGUGCAAGGCAUUCCAGUCUAAAACGAAGAAAUACAGGGGACAAAAGACACUUCCAAGAGAAAUCAUAUGGGAUGCCUCUUGCUUUGCUGUUGUAGUUUAUCAAGCAGUGAACAUACUGUAUGUACUUUUCAAAAGUGUUAUGCUGACUGAACAUGAUUUUUAUUUGUAUUUAUUUCUCUUGCCUUGCUUUGAAAAAAUAACGACCUGCCGAAUAGUUUUUGAAAACAUCCACAUACAGUAUGUGAAGUCAUCUAUCUUGCUGUUCAUUCAUGCACAUUUAAGUGUACUAUAUAUUUCUGAGCAGUAAUGCAACCACUACUGAAUAUACUGCAUUCUUACUUUUUUAUGCUUGCUGAGAGAACAUUACAAACCAAGAGUUAAAAAUCACAUUGCAAAUAGAGUUAGCCACUUUAAAAAAAAAAAAAAAAAAAAAAAAAAUACUAAACACUUUUUGUGCAAUAUCAAAUAUGGUUUUAAAAGAUGUGAAAUUUUGUUGUUAAUGUUAAAAACAAAGAUAAAAAAAAUGGACUCUCUAUAUGAAUGUUUAUUGUUAUCAUCAAGACACAGAAACCUACUGGUGGAGAUCCUGUUACUUAGCAACGAACAUUUGUUUAACAAAAUAUCAAACAUAAAAUGCUUUGACUAUUUUUGUUAAUAGAUAUGCAUUCUCAUUUUAUUAUAUUAAUAUAAUACAUCAAUGUUUUCAUUUGGUUCAUUCUUAAAAACAAAAAAACAGUACAGUAGCCAGAAUCAAACUGUCUCAGCAAUGUAUGACUUACCCUUGUGAUUAAAAAGAGAUGCAAUCUAUGUGGUGGACAACAGUUUGGGUAUAUGCAAUUUCAUGUUUGUAAACAGUGGAAGCUACAGAACCUUUUUACUAUAUGUAAAUUAUUGAUUUUUAUAUAAAUCUUUUACUACAAAAGUUUUAAAGAAGGGAAACAUGGAAAUUGUGUUUAGAGACAGAUAAUUCUUUGAGUUUCAUCUUCUUUCUGUACAGUGCUGCACAGGGACGCCUUUGUUUCCAUGUUCUGAUGUUUGUAUGGAAUCUAAAGCAGCGUAUGAAUGCUUUUGUAAAGAAUAUAUAGACAAUGUAAAUGGGACCUACAGGGUUUUUGUCCCUCACUUUUGUGCCAGAAGACUAUUUACACAUGUCCAAGAGAUUUACCCGACCUUUGGUUGACGUGCAAUCUCCAAGUGUCUCUUUGGCGUGCGGUUGGAAGGCGUGAUGACAGACAUUCAGCGGUUUUGAGGAGAGAUUACAGGGAAUUCAAAUAGAAAUGAUGACAAUAUCUUUACAAGAAAUAUUGUGAAUUUUGAAAUAAUGAUGCUAGUUCAUUUUAGUAUGUUCUAUACAGUAUCAUAAAAGAAUAAUCCCCAGCAGCACUUUAUUUAAUAUCUAAUCACUGUACAAAUCAUCAAAGAGUACUCAGUCAAAAUAAAGAAUUUUAAGUGGUUAAGAAAAAAAAUCUCCCAAUACAAUGGGUUUGGAUGUUAGAUUCAAAAGAAGACUUUGGGGGCACUACAGUAUGCACCCUUAAUUUCCAUUGUACUAUUAGCUGUAGCAACCUUGUUAAAACCUUAUUGAGAGCUGAUGCGAAGGUGCUUGUUUUCAUUGUAUUAAUCUGUCCUAUUUUAGGGCUGCAUCAUUCAUGAGUGCACAGAAUCACGUCUGCAGCUUUAUGACAAUAUAGUAAUGCUUUCCAUAGACAGAUAGCUAGUAUCAUUUUUGAAUAAAUGAUCAUCAUUGGUACAAUGGAAAUAGGAUUUUUAAGCACAAACCUGCUGCUCAUUUACUGUCUGUGCAUAAUAUUGGUUAAAAAAAUAAAAAAGAUAUCUGUGACUAUUUACCCAAGGUACUGUAAAUGUAAAGAUGUCACAUAUUAGAAUGCCGAAUUUACAUAUGGAUCAUUGUGAAUUCAUGACUUUAUUUAUCUUACAUUUCUAGGUUGAUUUGUUUGAAUCAUCAAUGAUGGAGGAAUUUUGUACAAAAUAUUGUGCUCUCUGUGGAACUGGAGUUUGAUUUAUUUUUGUAUGACACAGCAUGAAUUUGUUGACAUUUUAAUUUUACUACAAAUGUGUGAGAUCACAAGUUGAUGUGAUUUUUCAUUUUUAAUCUGUGAAAUUUGUACAAUAUUUGUCAUGCUAGAUGUUGACACAUUGUACUCUGAAUAAAGAAAAAUGGUGUU